CGCGACCCGCGCUCGGGCCAUGGCGCUGCGGGAGCUGAAAGUGUGUCUGCUGGGGGACACGGGGGUAGGUAAGUCCAGCAUCGUCUGGCGUUUCGUGGAAGACAGUUUUGAUCCCAACAUCAACCCAACGAUAGGGGCAUCUUUCAUGACCAAGACCGUCCAGUACCAACACGAGCUCCACAAAUUUCUCAUUUGGGACACAGCCGGACAAGAACGAUUUCGUGCCUUAGCGCCCAUGUACUACCGAGGGUCGGCCGCAGCGAUAAUCGUGUAUGACAUCACGAAAGAGGAGACGUUUUCAACCUUGAAGAACUGGGUGAAAGAACUUCGGCAGCAUGGCCCACCCAACAUCGUGGUCGCCAUUGCAGGGAAUAAGUGUGACCUCAUCGACGUCAGAGAGGUCCUGGAGGCCGACGCCAAGGACUACGCGGACUCCAUCCACGCCAUCUUCGUAGAGACCAGCGCCAAGAACGCCAUCAACAUCAACGAACUCUUCAUCGAAAUCAGUCGAAGGAUCCCGUCCUCGGAUGCCAACCCUGCGUCUGGCGGGAAGGGCUUCAAGCUCCGGAGACAGCCGUCAGAGCCCAAGCGGAGCUGCUGCUGACCCAGCCCUGCGCCCCG